UUUUAACUGAAAAUGAAUGAGUUUUCCUUUCAGAAAAAUGAGCGGAAUAGUAAAUAUCCCAAUCCUAGAAAUUUCCCAGGAAGAAUUUCGUAAAGUAAUGACAGAAAGGAGGGAGCCAUUAGUUCUCCGGGGUUCAGAUCUUGGUUCCUGCACUAGAACCUGGUCUCCGGAGAAACUGUCUGAGAGGCUGAACCCUCGUCAGGUCAGGGUUCAUGUGGGUCAGGAACAAGAUCUAGAUUUUAGAACAAAAAAUUUCAAAUACUGUGAUAUUGACAUUAAAGAACUUGUAAAGCGAGCUCAAAACAAAACCAACGAGGAGUUUUUUAUUGAUAAAAGUGAAAUUUAUUAUCUCAGAAGUAUCAGCGGAGACUCAAGAAAUUUACAAGUUUCAAACCUAGAUCAAGAUUUUCCGGAAAUAAGUUCAGAUUUUAAAAUUCCGGAUUUAUUCCCUCCCGAUCAGAUGUUUUCUUCCGUCCUGCGGAUUUCUUCCGGUGGUGUACGGAUCUGGACUCACUAUGAUGUUACUGAUAAUGUUUACUGUCAGAUUACUGGCCGGAAAUCUGCCGUACUCUGGCCACCGUCUCAAGCCAAUAAUAUGUAUUUACAAGGAGAUAAAUCAAUGGUAGCGGAUAUAGAUUCUCCAGGUUCGGAGUUUCCUCUGUUUCCUGUCUCCAAUAGGUGGGAGGCUGAACUUGAACCUGGAGACAUCCUCUUCAUCCCGUCCCUCUGGUUCCACAACAUGAAGGCUCACGAUUUCGGAGUAGCUGUAAACGUUUUCUGGAAGGAAUUGGAGUCAAAAUUCUACGAUCCUAAGGAUUACUACGGAAACAAGGAGUUGGUUCCCGGAGCGAAGAGUUUAACAAUGUUGGACAAUAUUAUUAAACAAUUAACCCUUCUUCCUCCACAAUACGCAGAUUUCUACGCCAGACGCUGCGUAGAGAAACUAGAAAAAAAAUGUUAUUUAAAAGAUUGAUUUCAGA